AUGUCUGUCGACCCGCCGACCUACCUGACGGCGCUGCAGAACAACAUCCGCACACGGCCAAUCCCUUGGGAUGGCGCGGUUCGAGCCGGCACCGUGCUGGAGUGGCAGCUGACCAAGAUCCGGGCCGUCGACAAGGUCAAGAAGGACGUCCGCAAGCAGGCCAUCGAGAGCGACCUUGACGGCUACCGGAUACUGUUUUCUGGCGGCGCUCACAAGGACGAGCCCAGCGUCCUGCAGUCCGCGGCACGGCGCACCGACGUGGUGCAAUAUAUCCUGGUGCUGCUCAACGAUUUACUGGAAGCCAUUCCGUCACUGGCCCGGGCCAUUCUGGCGCCCGCACAGAGACAACGGGGCGCACAGGACACACAGUCGAGCAGAGCCGACGACCCAUUUCGCCACAUUCUGCCGCUGCUCGCCCACUCCAACAACGCCGACGACCCGAUCCCGCUGCUGACGGCCACGGUGCUGACGACGCUGCUCGCCAACGCGCGCGACGAGUCCCCGGCGACGCUGGAGCGCGCGCUGCCGGCCCUGCUGAGCUACCUGUCGACGCUCGCGCAGCAGAGCGCCGACGCGGGCCUGCAAGACAUUGGCGUGCUCGAGUCGUCGUCGCUGCUGUACGGGCGGGCGACGCGCAAGCAGUUCUGGGCGCAGCGCAGCGAGACGGUGGCGCCGCUGAUUACGAUUUUGCGGACGGCAGCCGGUGUGAGCACGAGCGGCGGCGAGGACACGGCGGCAGGCCUGUGGCGUGCCACGGGCGGCGGCCCCAACGGCGGCGCGGCCGGUGGCAGCGACGCCAUGACCAGCCGCUUUGGCGCGCUGCUCGAGGGCUCGAUCGGCGGCGGCGUGGGCCUGCAGCUGCUGUACCAUGUCCUGCUGGUGCUGUGGCAGCUGUCGUUUGACGCUGCCGACAUUGGCGACGACCUGAACGAGGAAUACGACUUUGUGCUGCUGGCGACACAGCUGCUGCGGCUGUCGCCCAAGGAAAAGACGACGCGGCUGCUCGUGGCCACGCUGCUCAACCUGCUCUCGGCCAACCGCGCGACGCUGCUGCCGACGGCCGUGCUCGCGCGCCUGCCCGCCCUGCUCAAGAACGUGGCCGGCCGCCAGCACGCCGACACGGACCUGCAGGACGACCUGCAGCAGCUGCGCGACCUGCUCGACGAGUACACGGCCACCAAGACGACCUUUGACGAGUACGUCGCCGAGGUCAACACGGGCCACCUGCGCUGGUCGCCGCCGCACCGCAGCACCGUCUUCUGGGCCGAGAACGCGCGCCGCAUCCUCGACGAGGACAACGGCGCCAUCCCGCGCAAGCUGGCCGACAUCAUGGCCAAGCCGUGGGACAACGACAAGGCCGUGCUGGCGAUUGCGUGCAACGACAUUGGCGCGCUGGUGCGCGAGGUGCCGGAGCGGCGCAGCACGCUGGAGAAGCUGGGCCUCAAGACGCGCGUGAUGCAGCUGAUGGGCGAGGCGGACGAGUCGGUGCGCUGGGAGAGUCUGCAGGCGCUGGGCGGCUGGCUCAAGUACAGCUUCGAGACGAAGUAG